CCUUUCACUCAACAGAAACCCCUGCCCGCCACUGCCCACUCCCUUUGAAGAAAACUUUUGCGUAUGUUUUCCAUUUUCUCCAGUCGUCUCUUUGCGCCGUCCUUUCUCCGAUCCCUCUCGAACGGCGAGCUGCGGAGCACCGCCAGGCCAUUUUCCGCCUCCUCUCUCUUGUCGGAUUGAAAGCGAAAUUUAUAAAUGGGUGACAUUUUGGAGGUGGAUCAUUUGAGCGAUCUGCCUCAGAGCAUUAUAGAAUGCAUUCUCACUAGGUUACCGAUUAGAGAUGCCAUAAGAACAAGUAUUUUGUCUAGGAGAUGGAGAUACAAAUGGACCACUCUAACUCAACUUGUGUUUGAUGAUGAUUGUGUUGCCAUGUCCAACGAUGGAAUGUAUGAAGACCUUAUAUAUUUUAUCACUCAUGUUCUUUUUCUUCACGAAGGUCCAAUUCAUAAGUUCCAUCUUUCUGCUACCUACUUACAGAAUACUCCAGAUUUAGAUCAGUGGAUGCUUUUCCUUUCAAGGAAGGGCGUCAGGGAAUUGAUUAUUGAGUUGGGAGACGGCGAGUGGUUUCGGGUGCAUUCUUGUCUUUUUAACUGUACCAAAUUGACCCUAUUGGAGCUGUAUCGUUGUGAAUUGGAUCCUCCUCCUACUUUUAGGGGAUUCUUAUGUUUGAAGAGCCUAAAACUUCAUCAAGUUCUAAUUGCACCUGAAGACAUCGAAAGUCUUAUUUCUAAUUGUCCGCUCUUGGAGAGUCUGGCGCUGUCGUAUUUUGAUAGUCUAGUGCUUAAUAUCUUUGCUCCAAAUCUCAAGUACCUCUAUCUUGAAGGCGAGUUCAGAGACAUUUAUCUUCAAAACACACCACUCUUGGUUGCAAUUUCGGUUGCGUUAUAUAUGAAUGAUGAUACCGAGCCCUUUGGCGAUAUUUCUGAUUGCAAUUUUGAGAAAUUUCUUGGUGGGGUGCCUUAUCUUGAGAAACUUACAGGGCAUAUUUAUUUCACCAAGUAUCUGAGUAUAGGUAAUAGCGCAAGAGCUCUACCAGUGUCGUAUAUCUAUUUAAGGAGUAUUGAACUGCACCAAGUCAGCUUUGAAGAUAUGAAUGAAAUACUCGUUGUGCUUCGCUUGAUUACCAGCUCUCCAAAUUUAGAGGAGCUUCAAAUUUCGGGCUCCUCAAACUCUGUGGCUGCUUCAGAAGCACCUGACUUGGACUUUUGGGAGAAUGAAUGUCCUUGGAACUGUACAUUUGGUAACCUUAAAGUUGUGAAAAUGACAGAUAUGUCUGGUGUACCACAUGAGAUGGAAUUUAUUAAAUAUUUGCUUAGAAAUUCUCUGGUUCUUGAAACAAUGAGUAUCAGACCAUGUGUCUAUGUUACGGACCGACGAUUGAAUAUGUUGAUUGAAUUGUUGAAAUUUAGGAGAGCUUCAUCUGAAGCAGAAAUUUUAUUCAUUUAAGAAUAGACGUGCUAUAACGUUCCUUUUCCGUUUAAUACCUGCUUUUGUAUACUUUUUUUAUUAAAUAGAUAGCUUUAUAGCAGCUUUUAUUGCUA